AGUCCUCCAGGCCAUGGUCUCCCAAGCAAUUCUGGGAAUCCGUGCUUACAAUCUUUCACGACGAUCGAGAAAGAUACUGUAUACCCUUCUCUUUCUUUAUCUAAGUGCAUGUGUGCUGCAAUGGAUAUCGACUGUCGCUAAAAGAAUAUCAUACCGCGACCCGCUAUACGGGAAUUGUCGCGCACUAGUUUCGAUGUGGCCUUUUGGGGCCUGGAAUCAUUACGCGGUAGCCAUCACGUACGAUGUCGCUACCACGGCAAUAUCUGUCAUAUACCUCCUCAAGUUCAAACUCAACUCAACUAGCUCCAUCAUGUUAAAGCUGCAGAAAAUGAUGCUAUACGACGGACUGGGUUACUUCUCAGUUUUGACCGGGGUCAACGUCUUGAAUUUGGUACUCUAUCAAACGAAACAGGAUAUCCAGCUGGCCGCGACUUCUAUCGGCUAUUGCGUGACGUGGAUUAUGUCGCAGCGAUUACUGAUCCACCUACACGACGUAUCGCGUGAACGACGCAUGGAGACUAUCAACACGGAGAUGACCAUAACACGGGACAUCGAGAAUGCACGGAGUGUUAGCCAUGCAUUGCGGUCUCAGUUCCGGCCCAAGAGCGGACUGAGUUUCGAGCUAACUAUACCAGACUUUGAUAUGCUCACUAUGGAUGAGUACCCAGAAACGCCUGAGGUCCACGUCCGAAUUGAGAGGACCGUCACAACGGAACAAGGGAUUGCGACCGGUUUCACGCUGGAAGAUUAUUCCCGUGAGGCGCGUCUGCAACGUAGCAGGCAUUGACGGUGUUCAGACGAAGAUGGAUUUUUAUCACUUUAAAUUAUUGACUAGUAAUUAGGUCACGGUCGGCUUUUUAUGAUUAUUUAGGACGCUUUUAUAUGGAGUUGUCGGGUUUUCUGGGAGUGAGCCGUCAGAAGAACGUCGGACCGAAGAGCCG